GUUGCCGGAGGGGCGCUUGCGGCUGCAUGACGUGUUGCGGCGCUGCGAGGGGCGCCGGACGCAGGCCAUCUCCAACCUCCUCUGGUCCUACGCAUCCCUCGAGCUACGGCACCAGCCGCUGCUGGCAGCGCUGGCGGCGGCGGCGACCUCGCUGGCCCCCCAGAUGUGCGGCGUGGAGCUGGCGAAUGCGGUGUACGGACUGGCGCGGCUGGUGCCGGAGCUUGCGUCAGCCCACCCUGGGGUGUUGCGGGAACUGCUGAAGGAGCUAGAUCGGCGACUGCAGCCUCCGCUGACACUCACGCAACCUGCCACCGAUAGCCGCCGGUCUCCCUUCCUCUCCUCAGCCCCUCCAGCCUCCUCAGCCUCCACUCCCACAUCGACAUCCCCCUCCGAGACCACCCUCCACACGGCCCCCUCAAACCUGGACCCCUCCACCGAACCCGCUGCUGCCGCAGCCGCCGCCGCUGCCAACGGCCUGACCUCACGUGAGCUGGCGCUGCUGUCCUGGUCCGUUGCCGUACUCAGUCCCGCCAGCCCCACACUGCAACGGCUGCUCCUGGCUGCCGCCGGCACCGCCGCGGCAUCAGGCUUGUACGACAACGCUGCUGAUACGACUGAUGCCGUUGGAAUCGCUUUGUUCGGCCCUGCAAGCGCUUUUGCAGCAGCAGGUGGUGCCUUGGCUGCUGCGUCUGCGUCGGAGGCUGCUGCCUCAGGCUGCAGCAGUGACGGGGUCAGCUACGACGGCGGAGGGCAGGUUGACGACGGCAGCAGCGACCUGGUCUACAAGGGCCCGGGCGGCCCGGGCGGCUGGGGCGGCGGCGAGAGGGGGCUCCCGCCGUACCACCUGUACAGCCUGUCACAGCUGUACCUCGCAAACUACACGGCGUGCCUAGCCGCCGAGGAAGCUGCUGGCGCCGGCAGUGGUCGCAGCAACGCUGGCAAGCAGGACGGACAGCGCAGCGGGCCUGACCCGCUGGGUGGGAGUGGCGGCAGGCGCCGGGGUGCUGCGGUGCUAGCAGCGGAGGCCAUGCGGCAAGCACAGAGGGCCGCGGGAGCCGUCAGCAGCUGCCGUGGAGCUGGCGCCGGCGGCGUAGGUGGGGAUAGAGGUGGCGGUGGAUCGGAUGGGAAACGUGGCAUCGCUGUGGAUGGUAGCGGUAGUGCCACUGCUGUUGAUGCCGCUGAUGAGGAGGCUGCGGAGGGCUCUGCGGGACGGCUGUCAGACGCACCCUGCACUGCAGCGGAUUCGCCGCGGCCGGAGGAGGCGGGGGAAGCGGAGGAGGCGGGGGAAGCGGAGGAGGAGGUGGUGUUCGGGCCGCUGGCGACGUGUCCGCAGCUCUUCCGCGCUGCUCGCAACGCCUGGUACCUGACCACCACCUGCGUCGCACCCUCCGUGUUGCAAACCGCUGUGGCAGCGGCGCUGCGAAACACCGGCUGCGGCGUUGACGCUGUUGCAGAUGGCAUACCCAAUUCCAUCAACAGCAGCGGCAGCUGUGGGGAUGCAAGCGACGACAGUUGUUGUCGUACAGUGACUGCGGUGGCGGAAGAGGUGCUGAGCCCGGAUCGUAUGCUUCGUGUGGACCUGCUGGCGCUGUACGACGGUUGGUUGGUGCUGUUGCAGGUAGACGGGCCGUUGCACUUUGCUGUCGAGCUAUCGGGCUCUGAAGGAGGAAGCGAGGCGGGGAGGAGCGACGAGAAGGGCGGCAGGAAUCUGCGACGACUGGGUGAGGCGGUGUUACGGGAUCGCAUCUUGAGGGCCUCGGUUGGCGGGUCGGCAUUCGCUGGAAGGGAGGGUAAUGACGAUGCAGGUACAGGAGUCACUGAGGCCGCACUUGCGUGGCGUGAUGGGUUUGCUGUCAAGGAUACUGACCCCUGUGUCGCUCAGAGCCUACUGGAGCAGCUGUGUUUGAAGGAUGCGUUGGCAGCGAGUAUGGAUGCUGAUGUGCAGGCGCGUGCAGGAGGGACAGAGGGGGGUGUUCGUGGCUUUGCGAGCGGCAAUGGCAACGUCGGUGUGGAAGUCAGUCGUGUUGCCGUGCGAGGUGUGGCUGUUGCGGUCAUCGGCUUUGCGGAUUGGCAAGCUGCCGGGGAGGACAAAUGGAUGGGCUGUCUGGCGCCGUUGCUGACAAAACUCGCCAAAGCUAGUUGUUAGGGCUGGCUAGAUGGAACGAGUUUCGGGGCGGUCUGCCAAGCUGCUAAUAGCCCUGCGAAUAGGGGAUGCUCGCAUU